AUGGCCUCAUCUCAAAAGCAAGCGUCCAUGUUGUUCCUCGCUUGUGUCCUCCUCAUGCUCACGCAAGAAAUGCCUUGUCUUGCUUCAUCUCAAAGCCCUUCUCUAGUGGCCUUUGCUGGUCCUAGUAAUCAAACCACUAAUGAGGAACUGGAGGCACUCCUAACAUGGAAAUCUGAGCUAGACAGCCAGAGUCGCUGUACUUUGUCUUCGUGGAAUGGAAUCAACCCUUGUUCAUGGCAUGGAAUCGAUUGUGAUCCUCCCGGGAGCAUUGUGAGCCUGAACCUCUUGGAUUUUGCCAUACAUGGUACGCUUCGUCAUCUCAAUUUCUCCCUAUUGCCCCACUUAGUCACUCUGAAGCUUGCCAAGAACUCGCUUUUUGGAAACAUCCCACCAAGCAUGGCUCUUCUUGCCAAGCUUACUCAUCUAGACUUGUCUCAAAAUAACUUUUCGGGAAACAUUCCGACUCAAUUAGGGUCCUUGCGAUCUCUCCAAGUUCUCAAGCUAUCGCAUAAUAAUUUCAAUGGUCCAAUUCCCAGUGAGAUAGGUAACAUGAGCAGCUUGAUAGAGAUGCGGCUUUGCAAUAAUCAACUUGUUGGGGCCAUUCCAAAGGAAAUAGGAAUGUUGGGAUCUCUCAGUGAACUUCAUUUUUCUUCAAAUUAUCUCAAUGGUUACAUCCCUAGAACUCUAGAAAAUUUGAGUAAUUUAGCAUAUCUUUACUUAUAUCAAAACCAACUUUCCGGUCCGAUACCUUUGGAAGUUGGAGGAAUGAGAUCCCUCAUACAUUUCCGAUUGUCAUUCAAUGAUUUAAUAGGUCCUAUCCCAUCAUCCAUAGGUAAAUUGAGCAAUUUGAAUUACGUUUCCCUUCGCAUGAAUAACUUGUCAGGUCCUAUCCCGUCAUUCAUAGGUAACUUGAGCAAUUUGAAUGUUCUUCGCCUUUUAAAAAAUAAACUUUCUGGGCCCAUCCUGUCCUCCAUAGGCAACUUGAGCAAUCUGGAAACUCUUCAGCUUAACAUCAAUGAGUUGUCGGGCCCUAUUCCGUCAUCUAUGGGUAGCUUGAGCAAUAUGUGUCUUCUUGACCUCCAUGAAAAUAGACUUUCUGGGCGCAUCCCAUCCUCCAUAGGCAACUUGAGCAAUCUGGAAUCUCUUUUCCUUGACACUAAUGAGUUGUCGGGCCCUAUCCCAUUAUCCAUAGGUAAAUUGAGCAAUCUAAAUGAGCUUUUCCUUUUCGACAACGAUUUGUCGGGCUUUCUUCCAAUUGAGAUGAAUAAUUUCACAUCCCUCACUGGCCUUUAUCUAUCUUAUAACAACUUUGUUGGCCAAUUGCCACAAGAGAUCUGCAGUAGCCAAGCUCUUGUGACUUUUACUGUAGACAAUAAUCACUUCACUGGACCCAUCCCAAGAAGCCUGAGAAAUUGUUCGAGUUUGCAUAGAGUUGAACUCCAUAACAACUCACUCAAGGGAAGUAUAACCAAUGCUCUUGAUGUGUACCCAUACUUGGCUUACCUUGAGUUGAGCAACAAUGAAUUUUACGGUGAGUUACCAUCGAUAUUGGGAGAGUAUAGAAAUUUGAUGAGCUUGACAAUCUCUAACAAUAGAAUCUCUGGCACCAUACCAUCUCAGGUUGGAAACAUGAAUCAAUUGCAAAGACUACACCUCUCUUCAAAUCAUAUAGUUGGGGAAAUUCCUAAAGACCUAGGAAAAUUGAAGUUGCUGCUAGAGCUUUCAUUGGACUGCAACGGUCUUGAAGGCCACAUCCCUCAAGAACUUGGAGCCUUGUCCAAUCUAGAGAAACUCAACAUUGCAAGAAACAACUUGAGUGGCUCCAUUCCUAUUGGACUUGGGGAGUGCUCCAACCUUUUGUUCUUAAAUUUAAGCGGGAAUAAUCUUGAUAAGAGUAUUGCUAUGGACAUCGGCAAUCUCCAGUCUCUUCAAGUUCUCGAUCUGAGUCAAAAUUUGUUGACGGGAGAAAUACCUAGACAAUUUGCUCGAUUGCACCGAUUGGAAAUACUCAAUCUCUCACACAAUCAGCUUUUGGGUUCAAUUGAUUUGACCUUUGGCGAUAUGGUAAGCUUGACAUCCAUCGACAUAUCAUAUAAUGAGUUAGAAGGUCCUUUACCAAACAUUCUAGCUUUUCGUAAUGCUACAAUUGAAGUUGUGAGAGGGAACAAAGGCUUGUGUGGAGUUAUUGUUACUCUCAAAACAUGUACAACAACAAUGUCGAAAGGCAAGAACAAAAACAAAAAGUUGCUGCUAAUUCUAUUUCCUACUUUUGGUUGCCUACUUUCAUUGCUUCUAGUUGUGGGAAUCUCAAGUAUAGUAUGCCAAAGAUUAAGGAAAACAAAGCCUAGUUCAAACAAUGGAAGCAAUGAAAACUUAUGGGCAGUAUUGAGCUUUGAUGGGAAAAUGGUCUAUGAAAGCAUUAUUGAAGCCACGGAGGAGUUUGAUGCCAAAUAUUGUAUCGGUGUGGGAGGACAUGGGAGUGUUUACAAGGCCCAGUUGCAAACAGGUGAGACUGUUGCGGUCAAGAAAUUUAAGGAAGUAGUGGAAGUCGAAAUCGCUAGUCAAAAAGCAUUUGAAAGGGAGAUUCAUGCUCUAAUUGAAGCUCGCCAUCGGAAUAUUAUCAAGCUCUAUGGCUUUUGCUCGAGUUCUCGACAUUCAUUUUUGGUUUACGAGUUCUUGGAAUCAGGCAGCUUGAAGGAUUUAUUGAACAGUGAAGAGAGGAUAAUAGCAUUUGACUGGAAAAAGAGAGUGAAUGUUAUUAAAGGUGUGGCUUAUGCUCUAUCCUACAUGCACCAUGAAUGCUCUCCUCCUAUAGUACAUCGAGACUUGUCAAGCAAGAACAUUUUAAUGGAUGAAGGAUAUGAAGCUCACGUCUCUGAUUUUAGCACAGCUAAGGUUCUACGACCUUACUCAUCUAAUUGGACUUCCUUUGCAGGCACUCUUGGAUAUGCAGCUCCAGAGCUCGCAUACACAAUGGAGGUGAAGGAAAAAUGUGAUGUUUACAGCUUCGGAGUGGUAAUAUUAGAAGUAAUCAUGGGUAGACAUCCGGGCAAUCUCAUAUCAUCUCUUGCAUCCUCGGCUUCUUCAUCAUCAAGCAAUUCAACAGCUUCAUGUUGGCACCUAAAACAAGCUCUUGAUCAAAGAAUUCCAUACCCACAUGGUGACACGCUAGGUCAAGUGGCUUUCAUUAUAAAAAUGGCACUUACAUGCUUGAGUGCAAAACCGGAGCAUCGUCCAAGCAUGCAACAGGUGUCGCAAGAGAUAUCAGCACAUAGGUUGAUCAUGAUAGGUGCGUCGGGGGACAUAAAAUUGGAAGAGCUAGUCAAUCCCAGAUGCUUCUCUUAUUAA